AUGUUUCUCCAAUCGGUUGGAUUCCUUUUUCUUGUGGUGACUUUGAGACCUCUCCUGGUGGCUUCCCAGGGCAUCGAGUCCUACGAGAACUAUUAUAACGAGAUCCAUGUGGAUGACGAUCAGGCGGAGGCCAAGACACGUAAUGCCUUGCAAUCCCCGCGCCAACGUUGGCCCGGAAACAAGAUAUACUAUCGAAUCUCGGAGGACUAUACCGAACAGGAAGUGGCCAAUGUUAGGACAGCGAUGGCAAGUUUCGGUCAACAAACCUGCGUAGAGUUCGAGGAAUUCGAAGGCUCUCCACCCGGAGGAAAGCGAUAUGUGAGCUUCAAGAAAUCGCCGAAUAUGUGCGGUACCCGUGUGGGCUAUCAGCCGAUAUCCUUCGGCUCCCACGAUGUCCUUCUGAACGAGAAAUGCCUCACCAUGCCGGCUGUAAUCCAACACGAAACUCUUCACCUAAUGGGACUCUUCCACGAACAAAGUCGUCCCGAUCGUGAUGAGUAUGUGGUUAUUGACUACGACAACAUACCGCGAAAGUAUUGGUCACAGUUCAUGGCACAGGAUCGAACUACCACCUUCAAUGUUCCCUAUGACUAUCAGAGUGUGAUGCAUUACUCAAAGAAUGCCUUUGCCAAGGAUCCUUCGAAACCAACAAUUCGGGCUUUAAUUAAUGGUGAAACAGUGGAGAGGGAAAUGGGUCAGGUGCGUGGACCUUCGGAAGGUGAUUGGGCCAAGAUUCGUUUUAUGUACAAGUGUUAGAUGGGGCAAGAGGUAUG